AUGGAACCCCUUCCUAAAAGCAAAUUAAAAUGUGGGAGGUGGAGGCGGCGCGUGUCUGGUCUGCUACACUCCCUCCACGCCCAGGCCACGCCCACCCCCGCCCCCGCCCACGCCUCUCCGUCAUGCGGGAGGUUGUCGUCGCCUGGUGAGGUCUCCUCCGUGGUGAAGUACACGUGUGAGCGGGACUCUCCCACCCACAUCUCCGCCGCCCUCACUCUCCACUCCCUCUCCUCCCCCUCUUCCUCCUCCUCGUCGUCACCCACAUGCGCCCACACUCCGCCCACAGCUCUACCCGCCACGCCCACGUCACCCUCCUCGCCGCCCACGCCCGAGGCUGCUAGUCAUGCGCACCAGUUUGAGGGGUCAUCCCCACGCCUGGUGAGAGAGUCGCUCCUGCACGCCCACUUUCCCAGCGCCCAUGCCCGCACUCAGUCAGACUCGUGGCACCAGGUGUGGGACCCAUACCCGUGUUGCAAGAGUGUGGUGGGCCACUCGCCCCCGCCCCACGACCCCACCCCACCCCCACCUCCGCCGGCUGACGUGAGCGGCAAGUGGGGGGCGGGUGUUGAUAGCGGCGGAUUACAGGUGGAUAUCAGGGAGGUGUUGGCCGGCCACGACACAGCAGGUGACGCUACAGGUGUGGAGGCCUCGAACCUGGUCUCCACCACACAGCAACACCCCACUGAGCCACCCACACUUCGACACCAGCACCUUGCGCACGUUCCUCCCGCCGCAGCGCCCGACGCACGCCCGCAGCGCACGCCCGCCCUGGCCACCAAGCAGAGCAGAAACUAUCACACUCUGGGUAAAAAGCUGAAGAAGAUUUUGUUCAGGUGGUCUGAGCCAGCGGAGGCCCGGGAGGUGGAGCCAUCUGGCGACGAGAGCCAGCUGCCCUGGAGGAGGAGCCACACCCCGGCGGAGGAGCCAGAUAGCGAGCCACACCCUCACACUCGACACGACACAAGCACGUGCGAGGAUGGGGAGCGGCGUGCCAGCACGGCGGGCGGCGGUGUAGAGGAAACAGAUAGUGGAGAUAGCACAGCAACGGAAGUGAGGUCAGCGGGACAGGAGCUGGAGGCCGGCCCCGCGAGGCCAGUGUCUGCCCUACCACCGACCUCUUCACGCCCUCACGCAAACUCGCUGCCUUCUCCUCCGCGAGUAACUCCGUUGCCAUCGCCCCCUCGCGUAACCGCGCUGCCAUCGCCCCCUCGCGUAACCGCGCUGCCAUCGCCCCCUCGCGUAACCGCGCUGCCAUCGCCCCCUCGCGUAACCCCGCUGCCAUCGCCCCCUCGCGUAACCCCGCUGCCAUCGCCCCCUCGCGUAACCCCGCUGCCAUCGCCCCCUCGCGUAACCCCGCUGCCUUCUCCUCCGCGAGUAACUCCGCUGCCAUCCCCUCCUCGCGUAACCCCGCUGCCAUCGCCACCUCAACACCACCACAGGGACGCGAACGGAGGCGUGCCUGGGCCACAGAGUAUUGUGUCACCGGCCACCACUCGCACUCAACUUGCAGGCCACGCGCCACACGCACUCACGCAACGCUCGCCGGUAGAGAACGUCGGCGGUGGCGCGGAGACAAGUGAGGGCAGCGAGAAGGGCACGAGAGUGGAGGGAAGAGGUGGUGGCGGCGAGGGCGGGGAGGAGCAGAGGAGGAGCGUGUCGGGUGAGAGGGGAGGGCGACGGGAGAGUGUUGGGAGCGUGGCGAGUGAGGGCGGAGGUGUGAGGGGCGUGAACCGCGUGGUGUCGUCCACCUUAUAUCAGUGGCGACGACUCCAGGGCAGUGUUGGCUGCCUCACCACCGCCCUCAAGCAGCGCUACCACCACCACCGCCUCGUGCGGCAACCCUCACCUCGCGCACUCGCGCCGCACGCAAGAGGCCGGGUAGAGCCACCAAGAGGAGUAGAGGAGCCGAGGACAGCAUCCCGCAGAGCUCCUCGCCUCGCGCAGCUUGCAGCAUACCGCGUGAGGACCCAGCAGCAGGGAGAGGUAGAGGCAGGCGACGCCUCGCCAGAGACCUCUCGCGGCUCAACUGAGGACUUCGGCACCGAGCAGUCCGUCAGUGACGUCUUCGGCAGUGAGGUCACCAGCCUAACGUCAGUGGAGGCGCGGGAGUGUGCACCAGUGUGCACGUCGCCGGUGGGAGUGUCGUCCCCCAGCACGUCGUCUGGCACUACCUCGUCAGACGACACUGGAGACACCAGCACCGGCACCGUCAUCUUCAGGUCUCUCAAGCUCGAGUCACUGGAGGACGAUGACGCUCUUCCGGUGGCGGUGAGGGACAAGGAUGGACCUGUGGUACUGGACGAAGACAUCACGGUAGGAAGACCCGCCACAGAGGAAGAUCUAGCCACCGCAAGAUCAGAGGAAGCGGCGGAGACCGCGAGCGGUGUGGCGCCACACCAGGCAGGAGUGAUGAGCGGAGAUCAAGCCACCUGCAACACAAGAGACGCAACACUGAUGCCGCGGCGAGGCAACGACGGUGUUGAGUGUGAGGGGGAGCCCGCAGCCAAGCGUGCCAGCCUGCUCCUAGUGUGCUGUGACGACCUCGGGUCAGCCUCUCCCCUCACCUCGCCGCCACUCUCCACCAGCAGCCCCCGCGCAACACUCUCACACACUCGCAAACUGUUCUGCGAAGCUAUGAUGGGCGGAGGUGACGACACCGCUGAGGGCGCCGCCGCCGGUGCCGCGAAGGCAGUUGUUGAAGCCGCCCCAGAAGCUGCCCUCAACGCGCGCUGUGACACUGAACCCGGUGAUGGCGGAGGCGAGAGAAAGUCUGGCGAGGACAGUUACACAAACGGGAGCAGGGUUAGUGAUGAGGGUGACGCCACCAGAGAUACCUCUUACAGUGAUGAUGACAGACCUACCGCAGACAUCUCGUACAGUGAAGAUGAUAGUAGACCAACCACACACCCCUCUAGUGAAGAGGGUAGUAGAGCUACCAGGGACACGUCUUAUAGUGAAGAGGGUAGUAGACCUACCAGGGACACGUCUUAUAGUGAAGAUGAUAGUAGACCUACCAGGGACACGUCUUAUAGUGAAGAUGAUAGUAGAGCUACCACACACACCUCUAGUGAAGAUGAUAGUAGACUUACUAGGGACACGUCUUAUAGUGAAGAUGACAGUAGAGCUACCACAGAAACCUCUUACAGUGAAGAUGGUGAUAGAGCUACCAGAACUUCUUGUUAUAGCGAGGAUAUCAGUAGUAGCAGAGUCGCCUCUUACAGUGAAGAUGAAAGUAGUAGCGGCAGCAGACGCACGUGUGGCAGUGAGGGCAAGAGUUUGGAGCACACCGCCUCAGACUGGGACUCUGAGGGAGCGACUCUUGGCCAGCAGGAUGGUGGUGUUGGUGUUGGAGGGACGUCUUCCACACCAAGUAGUGGUGGAGAGAAGGCUCACACCUCCAGUGAUGGUGGCAGCAGCAGUGGUGGUGGAGGAGACGCCAGUGUGGACGCUUCUUGCCUCCUACAGACUGCUGACAGUGUAUCGAAACACCCGGGUCACAUUCUGGCAGUUGGUGAGGACCUUGAUCAUGGACACCGGGAUGGAAGUGUGACCCCGGUAAUUGGUGGUGAUGACAGUAAACAAGCGCCAAGCGUAACCACAGCGCCUGGUGGUGAUCAAAGACAACCAUUACCAGUUGUAACCUUGGGGAUUACCGGUCAUGUAGUUCCGAGGCAAGGUGACCCGUGUGACACCGGGGUAACGAGUGAUGACCUUGAUCAAAGACGAGAACCACAAGUGACCUCAUUAAUUAGUGAUGACCUCAGUCGGAGAGGGCAAGAACAAAGUGUGAGCGCGUUAAUUAGUGAUAGUCCCGAUGAUGCCCACAAGGAGGAGGGGGACGCGACCCCUCCAGACCUCGGUGAUGGGGAGAGCUCGGGAGUGUCGAGUGAAGCGGUCAAUUCCGGUGAUGGGGCGUUAGCGGUGAAGGGCGAGGUGGUUGAGAGUGGCGAGGGCGCCUGCAUGAGCGGUCUUGGGGAGAGUGAGGCCAGCGAUGGGAUAGUCAACGGAGCCGGGCCCAGGAUUCUUAUCACGGCAGCUACGAGCGUGGGCGGCGGGGCCAGCACUGCGCCCGCCAUCGUGGUGGAGAGUAGCAGUGCUGCCUCAGGUUGGGGCGGCUCCCUGGAGGGGGUGGCCUUCCCCCUCACCCAGGACACCUUUACCCCUACCUCCACCCUCGCCGCCCACCUGGCCGCCCACCCUCGCCCCCCUACCCCCAAGUCGCCCAUCACUGUGGACGAGUGGGUGGCAGCCCUCCCUCCCCACAGCAUGAGUGACGAAGAUGAGGGGGACACAUCAUGGAUCAGCACCGCCGCUGCAGAUGACCAGACUGAGGAUAUUCUCAACCUAGGUGCCGAGGCUGGACACAUGUGUGGCUCGGAAUCCUUGGUGACCUCUUCACUUACCACCAGCGGUGCAUCACGUCUAACACUGGCUGAUGCUUCAGUAACUUCUGUUACUACUGCUGGUGGUGUUGCUGCCUCACUGCCAACCUUCAAGUCAGCGAGUUGCAAGAGCAUAACUGAAGAGACCACUUCAUCGUUAAUUGGCCAUUUGCAUCACCCACCUCUGUCACACAGUUUACCUAGGUCGCUGACCCUGACAGAUGUGACAAACACCUUUCAGAGUCAGCAGAGGCAGGCACAAGAGCAGCAGCAGGCAAAUUUGGUGGGUAUUGAAGGAAGACGAUCUCAGUUUGCUUCACUCCGAGAAAAACAAUCAUCUUUCCAGAGUGAACUAUCAGGCCUCUCACUCCAGAGCAAGUCAAGCAUUGACUCACUGCUCGAUUCCCGACAAGCUGACCCUGUAGAGGUGCUGCUCAACCUUGGGUUUGGAGGUCAUGUGCAGGACGGAAUUUCGCGUAUUCCGGAAAGGUUCCUCAAACCCUCACAGGUGCCUGGCAACGACAUUGAAGAGUUCAUAAGAUCUGAGGAUGAAAUAUCGGAAAUGAUGGAGACGGCAGAGAUGAUGCCUGGAAUUGACCCACAAGCUCUGCGUCGGUCAUCUGUAGCAACAGUUUCUCCCCUGAUGACACAAUUGCUCGAUAACUUGCGAGAGAAUCGCUCUCGCUCUAUGAUGGAGCGUGCCAAUGAGGAGCGUAUUCGCUCGCCACAGACCCCACCUCAGUCAACUGGGAUCAAAAGAUUUGCUGCAGUUGCCAAAAAGACUGUGGUAAAGGCUUCUAUAAUGAAUACACUAGCAGCAGCAGGACGACCAAACAGGCUAUCAUCAGUGUUGAAUCCUGAGAACCGACGACUCUUGGAUCUUCAGGGACAGAAGUCACCUGAGGUCCCACGAAAGCGACUCAUCAUUGGCCAGGCCUCCUUUGACCUUGAUCGUGAUGGUAAGUUGCUCAAUGAUGAAGUAGAACCUGGGGAAGAAAGCCCAGACGAUCAGCCAGAAUCCGAUCCUGAACUGGAAGAAAAUGAUGAUGAGAACUCCAGAGACGAGGAAGAACAAGAUGAAGUUGACGAGCAUCAUUAUCGACAUCACACAGCCCUACAUCACAAAGACUCGGUGUGGUCCAUGGCCAGUUCAGCUACUAGCAUUGACAGUAGUGAAGAGGAGCUGCGUGAUCAACGACGACGCUUGCAGCUGAGCCUUACCCGUCGUCCCCUACCAUCCGAUGGCCCUGAGACACCAACAACUCCAGGAGAUCCUUUGGACUCUCCCACACCGCAGUGUGGUAUGAUAGACUCUGCUGAACGACGUCGUAAACUGCUAAAGCGUUUGGGUAGCAACAAGCGCAUAAGCACAGUGAGCAGCAGUAGCAGUAGGGAGGUGGAUGACCUGAUUCCAGAGGAAGAAUUGGAGGAUGACAUCCAUAUGGAACCUCCACACCACCAGAUCAUAUGUGAAGCAGAUGCAUCGGUUCAUAGCUCCAGUGAUCCAGGAACCUGUCAUCAUUCUAGUACACCACAGCAGUUUACUCAGAAUUUAUCUCUUCAAAUGCAUAGGAGUGGACUUGACUCAGGACAAAGCAUGUUGGGACAGAUGCCUGCUCACAGCGCAUUUCACCAUACGCAUUUCCCACUUCGAUGUUCUGCAUGCUGUCUUGAUCCCACAGUACACCACUCUGCCAUGUUUUCAUCCUCUACUAUUGCAAUGGAAAAUCCUAAUGAAACUUCAAGGUCUCAUUUAUUAGCACGGCCCAAUGAUACUGGGGAAUCGAGGAGUGCGCCAAAUCAACGGGCUGGGAGUGGCCUGAAGAGACAGCAACAUGUGGAUGAUGGUUGUGCCGAUGCUGCCUGUCAGUCACAACCGACUCUACAGCUACCUUGGCCUCAUGUGCCACAGCACCACAUGCAUAACUUAGCUUCAGACCAGAUACGAUUUGGAGGACAUGAUGGCUCUCAGGAUGAUGGUGGGAGGCUGGGUGCAAGUGGACACUUGUGUCGGUCGGGAAGUGCCCAGUCUGACUCCUCAGGCUUCAUGGAGGGAGACACGGCAGAAGGGGACACCAGAGGGUCUUCUACGCACCCUCCCUCUGGGUCAGCCACUGCUCCUCCUGGCACGGCAAGUCACUCAACUGGUCAUGGAUGGUGGUGGAGUCGAGAGAGUGGGUGCAGCAUGGACACCAUCCGCCACGUGCCACUCAGCCGUACCUUGGCUCUGCAUCCUGGUCACAGUUCUCAAGGCCAGUUCAGCCAUCGCACGCAUGGUCUCGAGCAGACACCCACUCAUCGAGAUCACGACAGCAGUAUCCAAAGUGGCCGUGUCCGUAGCCUCGUACCUUCACAUAGCUGUCGGGUUCGUGAUACUGGUCAUCCUGUAGAGAACUCUGUAACCAUGAAUCCCUUAACUGGCAGCCCCAUCCCCAGCUAUCAGUCCUACAUUCAUCACACCCAUAGCUUAGAUUGUUGCUCAAAUACUCUCAACCGUAAUACAAAUCCUACAUCAUUAUAUCCUAGUCGUAGUUUAGACAACUCAACGCUCCAUGCAUACUGUUUAAAAAAUUCACACAAGAAUUCAUCAUCAGUUAUUUCUAAUAGGCAGCAUACAUCACAGUGCAUACAAUGUCUUCCUUCUUAUCCAGAACCCACAAAUGCAUUACAUAGUUCGUAUCGUCCAUGUGAAACAUGGCACAGACAGCACACAUCCGAGCCCAAGCCAGUAACACACAGACGACACUCUCUUCCCGAACCUCUACACUCCAGUCAGCUUCCCAAGUCAUCACAGCCACAACCACAGCCACCUCAGCAGUUGGCCCAGUCAUCCUGGCUGCCGGAACCUCAACAAAUUUCCUUGGCCCACUGGCAGCCUGUCACUAGUGAGUAUCUGUUCCCUUCUACUAACAGCAACAGCUUGGCUAGCUCCCACAUCUCUAGUGUGACCAGUGCAGAAGACCGGAGACCUGAAAUCGCCACCAACAGUCCUGUGCACCAAACCUGUGAGGCACAGUCCUCCUCACAUGAGCUGCUGAGUACCCUUCAGUCAUACCGACAACAGCUGGUACAGCAGGAGCAGCUGUCCCACCAGCUGCAUAAACUUGCUGCCAACUCUGCUGCUUGUCCUACAUCAGCCCAACACGUGUACCUUCAACUGCACAAUAUUCGUGCUAUCAGGGUUGCAAUCCGUGCAGAGGUCACCUACAUGGAGCAGCUGAUGGCUGCGGCCGGACCCGACUCCCUCGGUCACUCAUGUGUCACGAGUGUUAUUUCACAGAUGAUGAGCCUUCUUCAACAGCAAUCAGAACUUUGCCAUGACCUGGAGACACUAACUCUGGCAUCACAGCGAGCUUCACCAGAACCUCCUGGUCACUGUACCAGUGGUCAAGAUCCUUCAUUGUCCCAUGGUCAUUCCUCUAGUCAGUCGGUUAGAUCAUCUCCUCCCCGAGAAUCCCUAAAAGACAGUGCAACUUCUCCAGAUCCAGUGAAGGGAAGCUCGUCUUCCUUGAGUUCAGAGAACCAUAUUACCACUGCAACAGUCAAUUCUGAACUCUCUAAGCAUAGUUUAAUCAGUGACGGACCUUCCGAUCAUAAUGUAACAGCUCAGGAUGAACGUGUUCCUUUGAGGCUUGAGGAGUUCUCUAGUACAGUGGUAGGGGCACAGAAACCACGUGAUACUAAUAUUGAUACUCCAAAUUCACAAGGAAAUUCAAGCUACUUUUCCUUAGAAAAUGACCUCUGUUAUCAACGCUCAUUCUCACAAGAAUCUUCAAAUUACUUAAGUACGUUGAGGAGGCAGGAAGUCCAGCUGUGUACAGAACCCGUAUCGCCGCCAGUGAGAAGUACAUCAGAGGCUGCUGAGGCACAUGCCAUCCAAUCCCCUGACAUCACUGGCCAGGUGGUUGAGCUGGUGCGGCGGGAGGUGUCGGGGCAGACAGAGAUGCUCCAGGAGCAGCUACACAAGCAGACCAGGGAUGUGGCUGAUAUUAAAGACAUGAUUCAUCUCUUAAUUAACAAGUUACAGUGAUCGAUGUGGCCAUGAAAGCAGUUAAUUAAUGCACGUGUUAAUUUAUUUGAUUUUUAGUGACAAUACUGUACAUUUCAUGAUGUGAACAUGCCGCUGAUCAAUAAAAGCCAACCUUGAUAUUAAGCAUUUCCAAAGCUUGAACACUUAAGUGUUAUGUGCUGUUUGGAUACAUUCAUUUAUACUCAAAUAAUGGAAUAAACAUCCAUUUGCUGAUGCUAAACUGACAGCAUUUAAUUAUAAAGAACAUGUUCAUCAGAUGUCGGGUGGACUUCAACUAAAUAAUGUUAUUGGCUCACAUCAUAUUGUAGCUAUUACAAUACCUGUCAUGGUUUUUGUGUUUGUCCUGUAUUUCAAAGGUACAGCAAGCUGACACAAGUUGUGUGCCAUAUGUUCCACAAAAUUAUGCUGUAAUUUUCAUUUAUUAGACUUCCAAGUGCCUAUGUUGACUCCCGAGUGCCUUUGUUGACCCCCGAGUGCCUAUGUUGACUCCCGAGUGCCUUUGUUGACCCCCGAGUGCCUUUGUUGACCCCCGAGUGCCUUUGUUGACCCCCGAGUGCCUUUGUUGACCCCCGAGUGCCUUUGUUGACCCCCGAGUGCCUUUGUUGACCCCCGAGUGCCUUUGUUGACCCCCGAGUGCCUUUGUUGACCCCCGAGUGCCUUUGUUGACCCCCGAGUGCCUUUGUUGACCCCCGAGUGCCUUUGUUGACCCCCGAGUGCCUUUGUUGACCCCCGAGUGCCUUUGUUGACCCCCGAGUGCCUUUGUUGACCCCGAGUGCCUUUGUUGACCCCGAGUGCCUUUGUUGACCCCCGAGUGCCUUUGUUGACCCCCGAGUGCCUUUGUUGACCCCCGAGUGCCUUUGUUGACCCCCGAGUGCCUUUGUUGACCCCCGAGUGCCUUUGUUGACCCCCGAGUGCCUUUGUUGACCCCCGAGUGCCUUUGUUGACACCCGAGUGCCUUUGUUGACUCCCGAGUGCCUUUGUUGACUCCCGAGUGCCUUUGUUGACUCCCGAGUGCCUUUGUUGACUCCCGAGUGCCUUUGUUGACUCCCGAGUGCCUUUGUUGACUCCCGAGUGCCUUUGUUGACUCCCGAGUGCCUUUGUUGACUCCCGAGUGCCUUUGUUGACUCCCGAGUGCCUUUGUUGACUCCCGAGUGCCUUUGUUGACUCCCGAGUGCCAUUGUUGACUCCCGAGUGCCAUUGUUGACUCCCGAGUGCCAUUGUUGACUCCCGAGUGCCAUUGUUGACUCCCGAGUGCCUUUGUUGACUCCCGAGUGCCUUUGUUGACCCCCGAGUGCCAUUGUUGACUCCCGAGUGCCUUUGUUGACUCCCGAGUGCCUUUGUUGACUCCCGAGUGCCUUUGUUGACUCCCGAAUGCCUGAAGUGACCUCUGAGUGCCAUCCUUUUGUAGUUUGACAAAAUUAAAGCAAAAUAGUUCAAGAACAAAAUGUUCAGAAAAUUCUG